AUAUUACUUGGUUGCAGAGGAAUGUGGGUAGUACGCCAUUUUGUUGUAGCCCAUGUAAGAGGACCGGGAGGAGCUCCAACAGUAACAGAAUUCUUUUGAUGGUGGGAUGUGAGUGUGAAGAGUGUGUGUCCAGUGAGGAGCUCAGCCAGACCAGAACUCAAUCCAGCCAGUCAAGCCAGAACUCAGGCCCACCAGUUGGGCCAGAAAUCACCCCAGAACUCAAAACGGCUCAGAAGGCCAACCAGGUCAGAAUUGUGGCCUGCAAGACCAGAACUCAGCCCAGCCAGCUUGCCAGCCCAGGACUCCAACCUGCCAGCCAGGCAGGAACCAAUUCAGCCAGCCAGGUCAGGACUUCAACCAGCCAGCCAGGCAGGAACCCAUUCAGCCAGCCAGGUCAGGACUCAAACCAGCCAGUUGAACCAUAACUCAAAGCAGACAUCCAGGCCAGAAUCGAGGCCAGCCAUGCCUGAAAGUAGCCAAGCAAACCAGCCUGAAGUACCAGUUGUUCUACCUUCAUGAUGGACUCCGUCAUCAGACUUGGGUUGACCAAUUACUCUCCAGACAUGAAAAACUUGUGAAUGAAAGCGAAUGCCAAGAUUCUUUCUGAAGCUAACUUUUAAGGGUGACCCAUACACAAGAUUAUUCUGAAGUAUCUAGAAGGACACGAGGCUCUGUAAAGGACAAAUCACGAUGGAGAGCCGGCUGCCUCUCAAAUCAACAGGUGGAUCAGGUGAAAAGAAAAGUUCUGAGAGAUGUCCCAGACCUCUUUGUUCCCAGGAUCCUGUGCUGAAACAUCACAAGAUUGCACACCGUUAUCAGGUAAAUGGAGUGACUGUCAUAAAAGUUGAAGAGGAUGAUGAGCAGCAUAAGGAGGAGAUCGGCACAGACACCAGAGAGACUCCCAAUGAAAUCAAAAAUGAAGAAGAAGACGUGGGUAUCAAGGAGGAAGUGAUUACUGUGGAGAUUGGCACAGGUAGAUCCAGUGACAACAACACCCCAGAGAGGUGCCCCAGUCCUCUGGAUUCCACAAAGAUCGCUCAGCAUUCUCAGGAUGAAAAUCGGCCUACCAAGAAAAUGGAUUCAAAACAGAAGAACAGGAAGGAUCUAGAAAUAGACACAGAUGGGCGAUACAGAAGGUAUGAGAAGGAACAACUUGCUGUAAAUAGCUCUUCAGGACAAAAAACUCCAAAUUUCCUUGGCGCACCUCCCAGCGGAGAUCUUGAUUCUACACACAGGGGAAGUUUUAGGAAGCACUCCUCUCCCGUUACCCAUCAUAGAAGGGCUGGUUCCUUCCCAUGUUCUGAAUGUACUGCUUGUUUCACCCAGAAAGGACAACUUGUUUCGCACCAGAAGAGCCACUCAUCAGAGAAGCCAUAUUCCUGUCCUGAAUGUGGGAAACUUUUUUCCUGGAAAUCUUCUCUCAUCACUCAUGCGAAAAUUCAUAAAGGAGAGAAGCCGUUUGUCUGUGCCGAGUGCGGGAAAUGUUACCCUUGGAGGGCUUUUCUCCUAAAGCACCAGAGAACGCACACAACGGAGAAACCCUUCCCGUGUCCCGAGUGCGGGAAGAGUUUCUCUGAAAUCUAUCUACUCAUGAGACAUCAAAAGACCCACACGGGUGAUAAGCCCUUCGCCUGUUCUGAAUGCGGGAAAUGUUUUUCUGAGAAAUCGGACUUUGAGAGGCAUCUGAGAACCCACACGGGGGAGAGGCCAUAUUUAUGCUCUGAAUGCAGUAAGAGCUUUCCUCAGAAGGAGCAGCUUAUUGCCCAUCAGAGAAAUCACACGGGAGUAAUGCCUUAUUUGUGUACGGAGUGCGGGAAAUGCUUUUCAUUGAAAGCCCGUCUCGUCAUACACCAGCGAACUCACACUGGCGCGAAUCCGUAUUCCUGUUCAGUGUGCGGGAGAGGUUUUAAAAACAAGUCGAAUCUGGCUAGACAUGAGAAAGUGCAUACUGGCGAUCGCCCGCAUUUAUGUUCCGAAUGUGGGAAAGGCUUCACCGAUAAAUCAGAUUUGAUUAGACAUGAGCGAGUCCACACAGGUGCUCAACCGUAUUCCUGUUCUGAAUGCGGGAGACGGUUCUCGUAUAGGUCCACCCUGGUGUCACAUCUCAAUACCCACAAGACUCAGAAGGCUCCUACAGUAGAAGGUGAAAGCUAAAAAAAAAAAAAGGUAUCCACA